AUGCCUUCACAAGGCUCCAACCAGCAGGUGUUAAGGCAUGCCAAAAGCUCCGGCCAAGGGAGAGAAAGUACCAACCUGCGGUCUUUCCUCAGCUACAAUCGUAGGGAACGUACCUACAUUGUAGAAAGUGAUCCCCCAAGGGCUCCGCUUCCUCAAAUAAAGGAGCUACAACGGGCUUUAGAUCAGCUUAGAGGUCAACAAAUUAGCAGGGUCGUUGAGGCGUCGCCCUUUUCUCCAGCAGUUCUAACUGCUUCUCUGCCGUCAAGAUUUAGAAUGCCUGACAUGAGAGCAUUAGAGGGAAAUUCUGAUAUGCGGGAUCAUUUCUAUGAGUUUAACGACCUCAUGGAAUUUCACCAAGUUUCUAACUUGACGAAAUAUAGCUGCUUGGCAAUGACUCUAACUGCCCACGCCAAACGUUGGUUCAGAUUGCUUCCACCAAGGUCUAUCAACUCGUGGUGGCAGAUGAGCUCGUUGUUCUUGAGACACUUUCAGGCCAAUCGAAAGUUCUCAAUGUCGUUAAGCUAUCUCAGCAACAUACGACAAGAGAAAAAUGAGUCUCUUCAACCCUAUAUUAACAAGUUCCACAGGGAACUGAACAAGGUGGCUAAUACCCCCGAGGAUUCAAAAUAUCUACUAAUAGAAAACUCGGUGGCAGUUUUAAAUCGCCAUGACCCCGGGCCUUCGACCAACGCUCCCAGUCAAAGGGAGGAAUACCGAAGAGAGAGUAGUAGAAGAUAUGAUCGUAAAUGGGCUAAUAACGAUCAGAGAAAGGGAAAGAAACAACGGUUUGAGCCCAAGAAAUCAUAUGUUCUAGUUCCUCGUCACAACUGUGACAUCUCCACUCCACUCAAUGCAUCCAUUUUAGCCAUUCUGGAUAAAUCAGAAGAGGCUAAUCUGCUCAGGGAGCUAAAGCCCAUGAAAAAACUCGCAUCUAAAAGAAAUGGCAAGAAAUAUUGCUGUUAUUAUCAAAAUAAUAAGCACCACACCGAUGAAUGUCGAGCUAUUAAGCAGGCAAUUAAAGACCUCAUUCAAAAAGGGUACUUCAAAGAGUAUGUUGUUAGUCCAACUUCCACAAGGGAGAAAGACCAAGAGGACGAUGGGAAAAGGCGCCGAGGUCGCAAAUAUCUCUAUCUGGUAGGGACUAUCUUUGGGGGACCUCAUAUAAUCGAAAACUCUCGAAGUGCAUAG